AUGGUGUUACUCGAAGUUUUCCAAGCUGGAGAGCUAGAACAGGCUCUGGAGGAUGUAGAACAGUUCCCGUCACGCGAAUUCGUUCCUGGCCCUCUCUCUUCUGACAGAGAGGUUAUCAGGGUGAAUCUCCAGGAUGGUGCUGAACCACCUACCUAUUCAGUGGUGUAUCGCGCUCUCGCGGAAGGUAUUCCAAUGAUAGUCUCCGGCAUUCGACCUGGCGACCGUAAUCUGACGCCCGAGUAUUUCAUUAACAAGCACGGCGACACAAUGGUUACACUCACGAACACGAAGACGGGCUCACAGCGCAAAGUCGCUUUGCGAACCUUCAUGGAUAGCUUCGGAAAACCCGUGAAUCCGGAGAGUCCAGAGAAGCUUCAAGAUUGGCCGCCAACAGCCGACUUCGCGGUGAAAUUUCCCGAAAUAUUCGACCUCUUCGAGGACUGUCUUAUCGCUCCUUGGAUUACAUCGAGAAGGGGGCCUCUCAACUUGGAAACCAAUAUGCCGAUGGGCUCAUGCCCGCCAGACACGGGCCCUAAGGCUUAUCUCGCGCACGGGGCGGCCGGAGGAACCACUACUCGACUACACGGCGAUAUGGCCGAUGCAAUCAACAUCAUGUUUCAUGAAGAAGACGGGCCGGAAGACGGGUCGGAAGGUGGCGCGCUGUGGAUAAUGAUCGACCGCAACGACAUGGCCCGAGCUGCAGAGCGACUAAGGAAGACGAAACGUGGCUUAUUCGGCGAUGGGCACCCUAUCCACUCGCAGCAACUCAACCUCACGGAGGAAGACGUUCAGGAUCUGAGAUCAGCCGGAGUGCGCGUGUGGACCUUGAUCCAGAGGCAAGGGGAUGCAGUCUUUAUACCAGUCGGCGUUGGUCACCAGGUUACCAAUAACACACCAUGCGUCAAGAUCGCCGUCGACUUUGUCGCGGCGCCCAACCUUGAGCACUCACAACGAAUCAGCGAAGAACUGCGCGAACACCGCCUGGCUUCUGGAGAUACGGCGGCUGAAGACGUACUCCAACUUUCAUCUAUGUGCUGGUGGAUGUACAAGCGAUGGAAGGUCGAGGGCCUUGCAGAUACACGAUCGGACCCUAAUUCAGAUCCCUGGAUCUCAAACUACUCAGCCGCUCCUGUCUACAUGCCAAUUUCUCUCGCUGCCAUCAAAUCCGGUCGAUUACCCCGCGAUGUAAACUCCCAAGAUAGCACCAUCUCUAAGGCGGAUGUCUCUGUCGAGCAUUCAGCAGGAGCGCUGUCUAACACAUCUUACAGGGAUAAUCGAAGACCUUACGAUGCACAAGACUCUCCGGUCGUCGACCACGUACAGAGCCCUGGGUCGUCCUCAUCAGCAGCAGUUCCCUCUAAAAGGAAGACGGCGGAUGAAGCGCUGACGAGAACGCAGAAGCGACGCCUGAAGAAAGAGAGAUCGGUGCGCAACAAAUCGUUGGGGGACCCAGAUAAGACGUUGGAGUGUCCUGUCGGUGGUUGCAAGCGUGCAUUGGACCAUUUCGAUCGGCGGACUCUGCUCAGUCACUUGGAACGUGCGCACACCGCUCGUGUCCUCUUUCUGCACCGUGGUCAAUCGAACAUCGAGAUCGCUAAAGAGCGGAGCAAGGUUCUUAGUAUCCACCCCUUGGAUGAUGUCGCAUUUAGACAGUAUAUGCGGGAUGAGGUGCUCAGCGGACUAAAAGGGUAG